UCGUUAACGCAAAAACCUUCCUCCCUACUAACGAGUCACGACUGAGUCACGACUGAGUCACGAGUCAAACGAGUUGCGACUGCCUUGACGACCCCCCGAGAGAGUUGAGAGGAGGACCCAUUUCACGCAGAUCGCAGGAAGCUUUUACGCUCUCGAAUUCGAGCUAUUCCGACGCCAAACCACGCCGUUUGGGUAAUCUCCCCCAUUUCUUCCAUGGAAGCUGCUCCAUUGGUCAGUCUCUAAGCCGCAGCUGUUGCAAGAUCCGAAUUUGGUUUCAUAAUAAUGGCUGCGUGGCUCAAAGCUGCUGAAGGUUUGUUUGAAGUUGUUGAUCGAAGGGCAAAGCUGGUUGUCAGUGAGUUGGAUGUUCAGUCGCCUUCCCAGUCACCAGCUUCUAAUGGGCAAGAAUCUCAAGCUAAUAAGAGGAAAAAGUCGAAGACCAAGGCUCAAAAGAGGCAGUCCAUGAAUGAAUCUCAGAAAAUAAGUGAUUCUGCACGUGAACAGAUCAGUACGUUGGCAUCACAAGCAGAUGUGACACCUGAAAUAGACAGUGAUGUUCAUUUAAAUGAAAAUGACGGGACACCCUCUGCAGAUCCGACAAGUCAAACCAUCAAUGACCAGCAACAAAAUCUUGACAAAGAUACCACAGUAAGCAUUCCCUUAACAGAGACACGGGCAUUUGAAGUCGAUGAGAGUAAUGUUGAACAAGCAGAAGCUUCAACAACUAUUGCUGAUAGGGAAGCUAUUACAUCAACUUCUAAUGAUAAGAUUGUCAAUGAGAUUGCCUCAGAUGGUCAUGAAGAACGUCCUUUGCCGUCAUCUGCCAAAGAAGUUGAGUUUGUGGAUGAAAACCAUCAGGUUGGAUCAGUUGAUGCUGGCCAAGAUAACAAAUCUAGAGCUCCUGAUUUUCAUCCAGAAAUUGACCAAGGGAGAUCAGAAUCUACCACUGAUUCCAUCAGUAACAGCGAAACUCAAUCGAAAGUCACUGAUGGCAAUGAAGAACUGGUUGUUGAGAAAACUAAGCAACUUGAGCAUAAAUCUGGCAGCUCUCCAGUGAAAGUACAGGAACAGGAUCAAAUUGAGGAGGCUCAAGGAUUGCUUAAAACCGCUGUAUCCACUGGUCAGUCUAAAGAGGCAAGGCUAGCAAGGGUUUGUGCUGGACUUUCGUCUCGACUUCAAGAAUACAAAUCUGAAAAUGCACAGCUAGAAGAACUUCUCGUGUCAGAGAGAGAGCUGAGCAAGUCAUAUGAGGCUCGCAUAAAGCAACUACAAAAAGAUUUGUCCACGUCCCAAAGUGAAGUGACAAGAAUAGAGUCAAAUAUGGUUGAGGCCUUGGCGGCUAAGAAUUCUGAAAUUGAGGCCCUUGCCAGUUCCAUGGAUGGAAUUAAGAAACAGGCUGCCUUAUCUGAAGGGAAUCUGGCUUCACUGCAGGCAAACAUGGAGUCUAUGAUGAGAAAUAGGGAGCUGACAGAGACAAGGAUGAUGCAGGCUCUUCGAGAGGAGUUGUCUUCUGUAGAACGUAGAGCAGACGAGGAGCGUUCCGCACAUAAUGCUACCAAAAUGGCUGCCAUGGAAAGGGAAGUAGAACUGGAACACAGAGCCCUUGACGCAUCCACAGCCCUUGCAAGGAUCCAGAGAAUAGCAGAUGAGAGGACCGCAAAGGCAUCAGAGCUUGAGCAGAAGUUGGCAUUGCUUGAGGUUGAAUGUGCCAAUUUAAAUCAAGAGCUGCAAGAUAUGGAAGCUAAAGUUCGGCGUGGGCAAAAGAAGUCACCAGAAGAGGCAAAUCAAGCAAUUCAGGUGCAGGCAUGGCAGGAAGAAGUGGACCGUGCACACCAAGGUCAGAGGGAUGCAGAGGGCAAGCUUGCUUCUUUGGAGGCCGAAGUCCAAAAAAUGAGAGUUGAGAUGGCUUCCAUGAAGAGGGAUGCAGAGCAUUACUCGCGCCAGGAACACGUGGAGCUAGAGAAGCGCUAUCGUGAACUCACUGAUCUACUGGUAAUGUCACUCAAGAACAGUUAUUUACAUGGUCCGGUAUCGCAUUUUUAUGACACGUCUUAUUCCAUUUGUUUUCAGUACUACAAGCAAACACAAUUAGAAACCAUGGCUAGUGAAAAGGCCGCGGCAGAGUUUCACUUGGAAAAAGAAAUGAAGCGUAUCCAGGAAGCACAGGUGGAGGCCGAAAGAAGUAGGGUUUCUCGCCGGGCAUCAGCUUCCUGGGAAGAGGACGCUGAAAUGAAGGCACUUGAGCCUCUUCCGUUGCAUCACCGUCAUAUGGCUGGGGCAAGCAUUCAGUUGCAGAAGGCAGCUAAACUAUUAGAUUCAGGAGCUGUCAGAGCCACAAGAUUUCUCUGGCAGUAUCCAACAGCCCGACUUAUCUUGCUAUUCUACCUGGUAUUUGUGCAUCUCUUCUUGAUGUAUUUGCUGCAUCGCCUUCAGGCUCAAGCAGAAAAAUUUUCGGCUAGAGAAGUUGCAGAGUCUAUGGGACUUGGUAACACUAACUUACCAUGAUUCAGUAGCUUGCUCCACGCCAGAAGCUGCUCGGCCAAAAUCUUCAAGUUUGACAGUCAUAGAAUGCGCCAAGCGUGAUACAUCCAAUGAUAUAGUGUAGUAGGAAAGGAUGAAAGCUUUGAUUGUAUCUUGCUUCUGCUCUGCAAAGCAAGAUUCUCUUCCCUCAUAUUCUCAUCUUCUUCCUUUCUCUCUUCUCACAUUUUUUAUUUUGUCUUUCUUUCUUUAUACAAAAUUAAUAUAAAAUGUUGACGUGAUUUAA